UGUGCAUAUGACCCGGGAAAAACAAUAUAACAACAAUCUCUUUCUCUUUCUCUCUCUUUCUCUCUCUCUCUCUCUCCCUUUAUCUCUCCCUCUCCCUCUGUCUACAUAUAUAUGUGUGUAUAUGUAUAUGUAUAUAUGUUAUGUUGGCUAAUACGGAUAAGUUUAAAAACACAGCCGAUGACCGAUGAGCCGAUUAUGAUUGUAGUAAAAAAAAAAGCCACACUACAUCACUGAUUAACAUAUUAUUUAAAGAUAUAUAGAGGUAUCUGACGGACGUCUACGGAAGAGGAGUUCAGGAAUAGAAUUACUGCUUCUCAACCGAAGCUUACUCCGUCCCUGCUCUUGCACCCCAUGCACCCCCCUUUCCGUGCAAGGCUCUUGAUGUGGUCCAGUCCCUCCCCUCACUGUCUGGCAGAGCCGUCCUCUAUAAUACAAAACUGUAUUCUCAGCGCCUCCCCCUACUUUCUCUCCGUUUUGCGCCUUCUCUCUCUCUCUCGCUCUCUCUUCUCUAUCUCUCUCUCUCGCUCUCUAGUCUGCGUGUCUCUGUCUCCCUUUCUUGACAUCCUCCACCCUGCGCCUGUCCACCUGACCGCCGACGCCUUCUCCACGGACUCCCCAGGUCUUGAUCGAGGCUUGACGAUCGUUUUGAGACCCGUCGGGAUAUUUCCUGCGAUCCGCUGCCCUUUCCCUCCCUCCGGACAUUCUCAGUUCAGUUGCGGCGCUGGAAGACCUAUGCUGAGAGCCAAGCCGAAACCACGGAUUUCUCUCUCCCGAGCAUGAGAGGGGCUGCCAACUCAUCCGCAACCCAGAAUCAGAGACCGACCCAGCAGCAUGAGCCCGGGAUACGUAUGCUCCAGCAGAAGUUUGCUGAGAAAAUAAAACGCCUCGGACCACAGUUACCUGCCUCGGGUGAAAAUCAGUUUUAGGUCUCCACAGAAUGGAGCGAGAAUGAACAGCGAGCGGCUUCAGGAAAAGCAUGAACUGGAGGUUUAUUGAGGUCAUCUGUUUCCUGUUUAUAUGGGACCAUAUAACAGUUCAGUCUUCCCGUACGGACCCAUCCGCUACUGAGCAGCAUGUCACCAAACAGUUCGAUUGGCUCAUCUCCGACCGCGGGCCUUUCCACCACUCGCGGAGUUACCUCUCCUUCGUGGAGAGAUACCGUCAGGGAUUUACGACCCGAUAUAAAAUGUAUAGGGAGUUUGCGCGUUGGAAGGUGAGGAACACAGCCAUCGAGAGGCAGGACCUGAUGCGCAACCCCCUGCCUCUCAUGCCCGAGUUCUCGCGGAGUGUGCGUCUGCUCGGUCGCCGGCCCUCCACCCAGCAGUUCAUCGACACCAUCAUCAAGAAGUAUGGCACGCACAUCCUCAUCUCAGCCACACUGGGAGGCGAGGAGGCUCUCACAAUGUACAUGGCGAAGACCAAGCUGGACAGGAAGAUGGUGAACGGCACCCAGAGCGUGGAGGCUCUGCACCAGCUGGCCUCCUCCUACUUCAUCGACCGAGACGGCACCAUGAGGAAACUCCACGAGAUCCAGAUCUCCACCAAUGCCAUCAAGGUGACAGAGACCCGCACAGGGCCGCUGGGAUGUAACACCUACGACAACCUGGACUCCGUCAGCUCCAUCCUCCUACAGAGUCCCGAGAACAAACUCCAUCUGCAAGGUCUCCAGGUCAUCUUCCCAGAGUACCUGCAGGAGAAGUUUGUGCAGUCGGCCCUCAGCUACAUCAUGUGCAACGGGGAGGGAGAGUACAUGUGUCGCAACAGCCAGUGCAUCUGCAAGUGUGCGGAGGAGUUUCCCCAGUGCAACUGCCCCGUCACGGACCUGCAGAUUAUGGAGAACACGCUGCAGGGUAUGGUGGAGUCCUGGGCCGCCUCCUACAAGGACUUUGAGAACUCAGACGAGUUUAAGAGCUUCCUGAAGAGGCUGCCCUCCACCCAUUUCCUGCCGGUGAGCAGCGUCCACCUGCUGUGGGGGAACGACUGGGACCUGCAGGCCCGCUACCGCCUGCUCCAGAGCUCGCUGGAGGCCCAGCGGCAGAAGAUACAGCGCACCGCCCGCAAGCUCUUUGGCCUUAGCAUCCGCUGCCACCACAACCCCAACCACCAGAUGCCUAGAGAGAGGUGGGUCUCAAUAUCUGUGUUGCAGUGGCUGAACAGGGUGCAGUCCUACCUGUACUGCAAUGAGAACGGCUUCUGGGGGACGUUCCUGGAGAGCCAGAGGACAUGCGUGUGCCACACUGGCCUGACGCUGUGUCAGCGACCCAUCCCCUGCGUCAUCGGCGGCAACAACAGCUGCGCCAUGUGCAGCCUGGCUAACAUCUCACAGUGCGGCUCCUGCAACAAGGGCUACAAGCUCUACCGUGGCCGGUGCGAGCCGCAGAACGUGGACUCGGAGCGCAGCGAGCAGUUCAUCAGCUUCGAGACGGACCUGGACUUCCAGGACCUGGAGCUGAAGUACCUGCUGCAGAAGAUGGACUCGCGCUUGUACAUCCACACCACCUUCAUCAGCAACGAGAUCCGCCUGGAGACCUUCUUCGACCCGCGGUGGCGCAAGCGCAUGUCCCUCACGCUGAAGAGUAACAAGAACCGCAUGGACUACCUCCACAUGAUCAUCGGGCUCUCCAUGAAAAUCUGUCAGAUGCGUAACAGCAGCAUCGACCCCAUGUUCUUUGUUUACAUCAACCCCUUCAGCGGCAGCCACUCGGAGGGCUGGAGCAUGCCCUUCGGCGAGCAUGGGUACCCGCGCUGGGAGAAAGUGCGCCUGGGCAACUCGCAGUGCUUCAACUGGACCCUGCUCCUGGGCAACCGCUGGAAGACCUUCUUCGAGACGGUCCACAUCUACCUGCGCAGCCGCGCCAAGGUGCCCACCAAUCUUCGCAAUGACACGGGCCAGGGCCCAGUGGACCUGUCCGACCCCAACAAGAGGCAGAUCUACAUCAAGAUCUCCGACAUCCAGGUGUUCGGCUACAGCCUGCGCUUCAACGCGGACCUCCUGCGCAGCGCCGUGCAGCAGGUCAACCAGUCGUACACGCAGGGCACACAGUUCUACUCCUCGUCCUCCAUCAUGCUUCUGCUGCUGGACAUUCGGGAGCGCAUCAACCGCCUGGCCCCUCCGGUGGCCCCCGGGAAACCCCAGCUGGAUCUCUUCUCCUGUAUGCUCAAGCACCGGCUCAAGCUCAACAACAGCGAGAUGAUCCGCGUCAACCACGCCUUGGACAUGUACAACACAGAGAUACUGAAACAGUCAGACCACCUGACUACCAAACUCUGCUGAGGGGAAGUUCUGAGAGUAAGAACAAAUAUUAACACAGACAAAACUGUUUGGGAGAGUAUAAAGAUAAUUUUCUUUUCUUUUUUUUCAGUUUGGACCUUUUUUUUCAGCUUUUUGAUGUACUAUUAACAACUUUGUAAGUGUAAUUGUUAAACAGAAACUAAAAUACAGAGAUGAAGCCUUUUAGUUCACUAAAGAAGAUGAUGAAGAAAAAAAAAGAAAAAAAAAAACAUUGACUGUACCAUAUUUGUCCAAGCAUGUCUGUCAUUUCCUAAAGGAGUAUUACAUGAAAAAAAAUAUUAAAGUCAACAUCCAGUAACAAAGAGGCCUUGACUUUACUCUGAGGGAGCAAAGGUACAUCUGAAACUGCCAUUCUUUUCUGAGUAACUCAUUUUUAAAAGGAAUAUGUAAUCAGUGCAACACAAGGGCAGAGUGUUUAGUUUGAGCCAGAGAUAAACCGAAAAGCUAGAAGGACAUUUUAGGAGUACAUCUCAAAGCUUGACAGGUUAGUCAGGAAUGAAACUUCAGCUGCAUUGUCUUUUCACAUUGCAAAAUGCUGCAUCGCUCGUACUUCUGCUAUAUCUUUUGAGUGCAGAAAUUUGCAGAAGCGAAUGAGUCAUUUAGCCCCGGUCGAUAAGCCAACUGUUUAUACAUGUGUAUAUCUGUUUUUUUUCCUCUCGCCUAAUGCUCCUUGCUGUCUGUUAACUGGAUGUGUCAUUUGAGAGUGAGUGCUGGCAACAUAAGCAGAGAGUCUGUCUGUCCUAUUCUCCCUUCUGACCUUUGAACUUCAGCCGGUGUGUUUUGAUGAGGUGGGUUUCGCUGGUGCCUGAGUGCAAUGUUGUGGUCUAAAGAUGAACAAUCAAUGCUAUUUCGUACAGCUUUGCAAAAACGUACACCUUGUGACUGCUGAUGUGUGAAGCUUGCUGGGUACCAAUAGCAAAUCCUAAUAUCCAUCGUUCACUAGCAUCUGCAAGAGAAAAAAAAAACAUAAAAGCCAUACAUUUCCUAGAGGUAUAUUCAAUAAAAAGAAGAGAAAGAGAGAAAAAAAAAAACCGCUUGUUCACAUUUUUCGCUGUGGAAAACGCCCACUUUUUAUUUUGUUUUGUUUGUUUGUUUGUUUGUUUGUUUGAUUGGGGGUGGUCUUUUUAAAAUGGGAGAUAAUCUAAAGGAAUGAUAACUUAUAUCGGGGUACAUGGGAUUGAGAAACGCCAUUGUAAACCUUCUGCAUUUCCACUGACUAGAGUGAGACCACUGAAAACAACAGUAACAUUAAAGCUUCAUGUUCUUUCAUUCAUUUUGAUCUGAAAAUCUCCUGUGUACAACACUUCCUUCUGACUAUGUAUUUGAGCCGCUACUAUGUUCCUUACACCCCAGCAAAUUCAGGUGAAAGACAGAAAGGGUGACCAUUUUCCUUUCUUUUCAGAGGUGUCUAUUUGGAGGUAGAUUUCAGAUAAGACAAUGAAACACUACCUGUUUAUUAUUAUUAUUAUUAUUAUUAUCAUUAUUAUUAUUAUUAUUAUUAUUAUUACCCUGUCAUAUUAAGUGCCUGGUACCUAUCCCUUUAACAUUUACUAACACUAAUUCUUCAUGCUGUCAUAAGGAAAUCACAGGGGUUCCCUCAAGGUGAUGUCACUGAGAUUUUAUUUAUAUAUUUAUUUUUGAAUCUCAUUCUAGUUCAAAGCUAUGCCCAUCCCUGCCCUACUGCAUGUGUAUAAAUGAUUUACAUUCAAGAGUCCACCUUUGUUUCAGUGAUGGACAACAGGUAAAGCAUAUAGUUUAUGUGUAAAUACUACUGUGUCAUGGUAUACUUAGCAGAAGAUUACAGACUUUGGACCUAUGUAAAUGUACUAGGCGGGGGAGAGGUCAGGUUCAAUAUCAAAACACAACUUGGUGUACCUUGUAGCACAAGUGACAGAUUCAUUGUUGAUCUUCAGUGCAGAAAUAUACUACCUGAAAUAAAAAAUCACCAGCUUGUAAAUGUAAUUGGAUCAAGUAAAACAACAAAUCUUUCCUUUUUUCUUUUUUUUUAAACACAGUGUAUUUCCCCUAGGCCCUAUAUGACAAAAAGCACACAUGUCUCAGCCCACUGAAACCUCACAUACACCAUGUCCUGAUGUACAAUAGAACCCUGCCACAUAUUUCCCCCCAACUAGACUGGAUUGAUCUAGCAGCUCACAGUUCCUUGUCUAUGUAAUUUUUGCUGUUCUGUUUAAAUAAUUAUAUCGGCUUUCUUCAAAUGAAUGUUUCAUAUAAUAAUCUAUUUCUCAUUAAAAUGCUAUAUUUAA